AUUUUGUUUGUGCAGUAGUUUGGUGGUUACAGUUUGUGUUUGCUACUUGGCUGCUGAAGCGAAUACUACACAUUUCCUGAUUAUUUCUGUUUCUUUCUUUGUGUGUCAAUCUUUACAGUAGGUGUGUGACUUGGUAAAGCAGUGUGCUUUGUUUGCCUGUCUGUAGAAUGUGUCUUUAUUAGUUGUGUGCAUGUGCCAGUUUUACACAUGGAUUAUUGCUGCUGGAUUGGAGUCAUCACUUGCUUAUGACAGAUGUGACCUGAGACCUCAAGAUGUGGAGUCACCUGGCUGCUUUCGUCCUGCUGCUCUUGGAGGAGUGUUGCACCCACACAGUAGAGGACACAAAGCAAGACUGGGAGAAAUACCGGGAUGAAUGCAAUGAGAGGAUGAGGACUGAGCCCCCACUGAGUGGUGUUUUCUGCAAUCGUACAUUUGACUAUUAUGCAUGCUGGGGAGAUACCCCUGCAAAUACGACAACAGGAGAACCGUGUCCUUUCUACUUACCAUGGCAUGCAAAAGUAAAGGAAGGCUUUGUAUUUCGUCGUUGUGAUGCAGAUGGUCAGUGGGUGCGAGAUGACUCAAACAGUACAUGGCGUGACCACUCUCAGUGUGAGACCCAUGAACCAGAGCAAUCGCCACAUGAGCCUUGGAUCUUGUCCAAGCUACGUGUGAUGUAUAGCGUGGGAUAUGGGAUCUCCUUGGCUGCACUCAUUGUAGCUGUGUUUAUUCUCACACAACUCAGGCGUUUGCGCUGUACACGGAACCUGAUCCACUGUAACCUUUUUGUGUCAUUCAUUCUUCGUGGGGUGUCCCUGCUGACACGAGAUGCACUUCUACCACUACAUCAUAACAUGAUACAAGGAGAAGGAGAUCCCACCAAUUUACUGAGAAACAGAACCCUAGUUGGUUGCCGUGUGGCUCAGUCUAUCACACAGUAUUGUGUAGCUGCUAAUUAUUACUGGCUGCUGGUGGAAGGCUUGUAUUUACACAACCUGCUUGUUGUCUUGUCAUUCUCGGAAGAAUCUGUGCUGCCCCGUUACAUGCUCCUGGGCUGGGGAGCACCUGUUCUGUUUGUGGUCCCAUGGGUGGUGGUGCGGCAGCUAUAUGAGAACUCAGUGUGCUGGGAGAGGAAUGACAAUUAUUCCCAUUGGUGGAUCAUUCGAUCACCGAUCCUAUUGGCUGUGUUGAUAAACUUCUUUAUCUUUCUGCGAAUAAUUCGGAUUUUGGUGUUGAAGCUGCGAGCCAAUCAGAUGAGGAGGAGUGACCGCAAGUACAGAUUGGCCAAGUCAACACUAACGCUCAUUCCACUUCUUGGCAUUCAUGAGGCAGUGUUUAAUCUGCUACCUGAGGAGAGUGCAAGGGGAGGUGUGAGGUAUGGCAAGCUGGGUGCUGAACUGCUGCUCAGUUCUUUCCAGGGGCUGCUAGUGGCUGUUCUAUACUGUCUCUGUAACAAAGAGGUUCAGGCUGAGCUGCGCAGAAAGCUACAGGGCUCCUUAAGUAGCAGAGGGCUUUUCUCUGCAGCACGGCCUCUCCGUCCGCCCCAAGGAAGACCGAGAACUGCUGAAGAUCUGAUGUCUGACAGCUCAGAGGCCACUCCUUCUGCAGCCAGGACCAGUCAGGCCUGAUCCGUUUCAUCUAAUCACCCCCUCAGCAUCAAUUUAUUUAUUUAUUUAUUGUUACCUUGUGCAGAAGCACAAAUUAAAAGAGUUGUGAGUGAUUGAAGCAUAGUUCGAGUUGGUAAAAUUUAAAAUCUAUAUAGUUCCACAUACAUACAUAGCCUUACAGGAAAGGUAUCCUUAGAGUGGUUCACUCUAGCCUCAAACAACUAUCUGGUGGUUUAAUAGCUUAGUUUAAAAAAUUAAUUAUAUCAUUAAAGGUAUUUGUGUUCAAAGCUGCUCCUUGCACUUCUCUGCCCCCCCACCUCCUGUUCUGAAUUGUGUGCAAGUGCACGUGUAAUUGCUGGGGAACCCUGUAGCUACCACAGGUUUACAACAAAAGUGUAACAGACAGUAUAUUUAUUAACAUUAGAGACAAAUAUCACUGGUGAUGUUGCCCAUAGUAACCAAUCAGAAGUUAGAUUUGAAUAAUCACCUAUGGUUGCUAUGGGCAACAUUACUAGUGAUAUUUGUCCUAUCCUAAUAAAUGCAGAUGGUAUUUUGAUGCCAAGUGCCAGCACAAUUGCAUUUGAUUUACACUGCAGCACAAGCACAGUUGCAUGCAAAAAUUGUGUCAGGCGCUGCCCCUACUCAUUUUGCACACUACACUUGAGCUUGUAAAUGAGUCCUUUCAUUUUUUGCAACUUACAAAAUACUAAUUACAUUGUGUAAAGGGUGUAUAGCAGACAGCAAUACCCAAACGCUAUCCCAAAGGCCCAAAACAAAACUGCAAUCAAAACCUUUGCACCACUAAUACCAACAACCAGAUCUGAGUGUGGGGAUCACCCUGAUUAUAGCAUAAGAGAACAUGCAUGUCAGUGUUUUUAAUUGAAAAAUGAUGUGUACUUGCUCCUGUAUGCUAUAAACAGCACAGCAGUUCAAAUAUUAAGCGGCUACCGCAUCAGCAGUUCAAAAUGAUUAUUUGUUGUGCAUGCUAUUGUCUUAAAUAGAUUGUUACUGUAGGGUACUCAAGGAGUUAAGGCUGCUGGGAAGCCUGGGAGCUAAAAGCUCUGGUAAAUAAACUGUAUCUGAAGGGAAGGAGUGGAAAAAGGAAUCCCUUGACAAGGUAUAGACAGUGGAUAGCAGAUGUAAUGAACACACUAGAAGUGUUGGAUAGACAGGAUAACUAGAAAGAACAACCUCCGCUCCACAGAGAAGAUCUAGUGUAUAAACUCAAGUGGGAAGGAAUUCAGGGAAUUCUGUAUAAUCCCUCGGAGCACCCUUGGGGUAUCCUGAAACGCUGGCAGAAAAACCUCAAGAGAACCUGUGUAUGUUGUGCCACUGUACCUGAUAUAUUGAAUAUACAGACAAGUAUUUGCUGCUACCUGUUUAAUAAAUUCUUAUUAUAUUGGGUUGAAAAACCCAACAUACUGUU